AUGUUACGGCUAGAAUUGUUACCAAAGGUCAAAUUUUCUUACGAACUGUUUGACUACAAUUUACUGUUUAUCCGGUGGAUGGCGGAUAUCUGUGGACUGGACAUGAUGGUUGAUAAUUACAAAUUCAACUACCGCACAUUCCGAAGUGCUGCUGCUAUAUUUCUUUCUUUCGUGAGCGCUGCUUAUUCUGCAAUAGUGUAUUAUCCUGAUAUUUAUAAAAUUACUGAACUGCUGUUGGCAUUCGGUAUCGGUCUUCAAUCAGCUGCCAAGUUUUAUAUUGGCAUAGCUCAUUGGCCCUUCUACAAGAUGAUGUACAAUAAUAUCAGGCACCUUCACUACAUCAACCGCAAUCAUAGGCGCAAUGCCAGUACUUUACUAUUGUUAAUUAAACGCAUCCAUCUGGUUUCGAAGGCAAUAUUUGCCCUUUACUCGAUUGCGUUUACCGUUUUAUUAUUGUAUCCCGUUUUCUGGUUUUGGGUUAAGAACGAGAAAGUUUUAACCAUUCAUCUUUUGAUUCCUGGACUGAAUCCUGAGACGUCCUAUGGAUACGGACAAACGUUGAUUGUACAUGCUAUCAUGGUUUUCUUAGCAGGAGCCGGAAUGAUCGCUGCUGAUACUGUUAUACUGUUAUUCGUCUCAAGCGUAAGUGGAUUUGCGGAUGUACUGAGAAAUGAACUCGAUGAUCUGAACGAAUUGCUUGAUGCAACCCAUCGUGACGAGAAAAUCAUUAAGGAAAAAGUACGAAUAAUCUGUCAUUUGCAUCAGGAAGUUGUUCAGUAUGAGUCCGACCUAGACGAACGAUACGUCAACACUUGUUUCGUACAAGUUGUAACAUCUGUUACUCUCAUGAGUGGGGCUCUGUUUCUAAUUUACACAAAAAACCACAUCCCUUCAUAUGGUUUGCUGCCCGCAAGCUUUUUCCAGCUUCUGGAGUUUUGUCUUCUAGGGACGGUGCUAACCGUUAAGAAUCAGGAGAUAAUGGAAAGUAUUUACGGCGCCCAUUGGUACAAACUGCAAAAACCAGAACAGCGUUGUUUCGAACUGAUGCUGCACAAAAGCCAAAACGCUAUUGAAAUGACCAUCGGUGGCCUGGCGCCGCUGAAUAUUGAAACAUUCGUUGGGAUAAUCAACCGCAUAUAUUCAUUCUUCAUGAUGCUCAUCAAUUUUAUUGAAGGAUAAAAAGUUUUUGAAUAAAAAGUUCAGGAGGUAGUAACUAAGCUACGACCGAUAAACGUAGAAUUACGCCUUUUUUACAGAAUAAC